AUGUUAAUCCACUCUGUGGUGUACGGCGGAGGGAGCAGGUUAGCUGUACCUUACUAUGGCUCAUCUGGACUCAACCUCUUUGACAUCGCUGAUCCAAAUGUUGGCCCUCGUCUCCUCCAAAACUUCACGUUUGUGCAGCCAGGCGACAUUCCCAAACUUGAAGGAAAUGAGCAGCAAAGGGUUCCACGACCGCAUCAGGCUCUGCUCGAUCCGACCGGAGAAUUCAUCGUUCUCCCUGAUUUGGGGAGCGACCGUUUACGUGUAUUGAGGGUGGACAAGCAAGCAUUACAAGUCACUGAUACUGGCAAGGAUCUUGUGUUCAAGCGCGGGAGCGGCCCAAGACAUGCUGUGUUCUUCAAGUCGGGGACCAAUACGUUUCUGUACAUCAUUACUGAGCUGAGCAAUCGUCUUCUUGGCUAUAAGGUCUCCUAUGAGAACGACAAGACGCUUGGGUUCACAUCGAUCCAGGAUCUCAGUACCCACGGUGGCCAGGAAGCUCUUCCAGAUCAUUAUAAGGGCUCCGAGAUUCUGAUCUCUCCUGACAACAAAUUCCUCACUGUUUCUUCUCGAAACGAGAGCACACUUCAGUUUACCCUUGCCAAUGGCACAACUAUUCCUUCAGACCCUCUGAUAAGCUUUUCCAUUGACCCCAAUACAGGAGUUUUAACACAUGUCCAAACAGCAUCUGCUGGGGGUGUUUUUCCUCGGCAUUUUUCUUUCAACAAGGAUGGCAGUUUGGUUGUGUCUGCGCUGCAGAACGACGGCCGCGUUGUUGUCUUCCAACGAGAUGUGAAGACCGGGAAGAUUGGUAACAAAGUUGCAGAGAUAGACCUGCCUGGCAUGAGCCCUGCGUUUGCUAUGUUCAAGCAAUAG